AUUAUUAUACGUCGUUCUAACACUAGACUUGUAGCACUAUAACACGUAAGAGAAAAUGAUAAGAAGAAGUAAGAUGAUGGGAGCCAAAGGUGUCCGAUACACGUUUGUGGUAACCUCUGUGUCAUAGGGGUAAGCGUAAAUAUGUAGUUUCGUGUAUGAGAAAUGUUGUCUGAAAGGCUAAAUGGAUAGACUCGAGCCGUGUGGCUAAAGAUUUAUCCUAUAAAAGGUAAGAUCAAUUUAAAUUACAGUGCUCUUAAUUUAAAUAUAAUUUAGACGGUUCCUUAACCAGCCUAGCUGAAAUAUGUUUUAUUCUAUUAUUAAAAAAGCAAAUUGUAUGGACACAAAUUUGAGAAUUAAAGGCCUAAGGCCAGUAAAAGGCCCAACCUUUCGUCCUGGUCGCAUUCUCGUGGGCCGUGGGCCUUGGCUACGAACCGCAAGCAAGAUCCACCCCUCGUCGGCGGCCGCUCCCUAGAGCCGGACCCUAAUCUGCCGUGCCGGCGAAGGUGGCCGGCCGACUCCCCCCUCCUUCUCGCUCUCGCUCUCCCGGCAUCGACGCUCCCGUCCCCUCAUCUUCCCCUACUGUUUUUGCAGGAAUUUUGCGUGAGCGUCGGGUGGGGAGAGCUCGUGUGGGCGUCGCACAGCGAACGGUGCGGAAGAUGCAGGCGAAGAAGCUAACACUGCUGCAGACUGUGGCAGCUGCAGGAGUCUUCUCUGCCGUCUCCUUCUGGUAUGGCUUCAUGUUUGGGAGGGAGUCAGCUCGGCGUGAGCUUGGUGGCAUCAUAGACGACCUCCGCAGCAACAGGUCCAUCACCACCUCUACCGCUCCCUCUGGACCCGACGCUCGUUCCAAACCAUAGUACAAUCCAUCUCUGCAAUGUCAAGAACAAGAAUGGAUGUUCAUCGUAAAUGACAAGGUUAGCUAUUAGAAUAGUUCACCAAGAUGGAAGAUUGUCAGAGGAAGGUCAAGGCAAUUAGACUAAUGUUUGGUAGGUUUCUGUUUUACUGAGGCUACCUUUUGAAUUAAAAUGAAAGAUGAUACAUUUGAUC